CGCUACGUUUGAUAUUUCUUGAGACAUUUCUGAAGAACUUAAAAUGAAGACUUUGACGAUUAUGUGUCAUAUUAUGUGCAUAUUGGCCAUUACAACAGCGGUUUACGGUCUAAACAAAGCGCGAUUACGAAUGUUUAACGACAACAUAGCGAAGUGCAAAGAAGAGAUAGGCGGCACAGCGACUGAACUCACGGUCGAACCAGUUAUAUGUGCGAUAGAAAAGGAUGGCAAGAUCCUUAACUCUAAAGGUGAAUAUAUAAAGGAUGCAACAAUGCAGGUAUUGGAAGAUGGUAUUUCUAACGCAAACACAUUGGAAAAAGCACAAGGGAUGUUCACCAAAUGUUACGAUGAUGGGGUCCAAAGUGGAUCCACCGGUUGGGAACAGACUAUCAAAAUUGGCAAUUGCUCCAUGCCGAUUCUGUCUCUCUUUGACAAGCUAUAGUGAAAGCAACUUGCAUUACCAGGUGUAGAAGUAUGGAACCGGAAUUUUUUGUAAAAAUUACACGUCUGUUGUUUGAAAAAAAUAA